AUGGCUACUAUGGGCAGUCAAUUGGGCAACUGGUGGCUUGUUGAUUACAAUGCUGCAUUAUCUUCAAUCUGCUUCAUGUUGCUGCUUGGGUUUGUGGAUGAUGUCCUUGAUGUACCUUGGAAACUGCUAUUGCCCUCCAUUGCAGCUCUUCCAUUGUUGAUGGCAUAUGCUGGGCAUACAACUAUUAUUAUACCAAAGCCCCUUGUAUUAUAUGUUGGAUUAGAGAUCUUGGAUCUAGGAUGUAUCUACAAAUUAUAUAUGUGGCUAUUGGCAAUAUUUUGCACAAAUUCUAUCAAUAUCCAUGCUGGUAUCAAUGGCCUUGAAGUUGGGCAGACAGUCGUUAUUGCAGCUGCUAUUUUGAUACACAACAUCAUGCAAAUUGGAGCAUCUGCUGAUCCUGAAUACAAACAAGCCCAUGCUUUUUCUAUUUACCUUGUUCAGCCAAUGCUUGCUACUUCCUUGGCAUUACUUUCAUACAACUGGUAUCCUUCCUCAGUUUUUGUUGGUGAUACCUUUACAUAUUUUGCUGGAAUGACCAUGGCAGUGACUGGAAUCUUGGGUCACUUUAGUGAAACACUGCUUAUAUUCUUUUUGUCGCAAGUUCUGAACUUCCUACUAUCACUACCUCAGCUUGCCGGUAUUAUACCAUGUCCAAGGCAUCGACUCCCUAAGUUUGAUCCUAAGACUGGCUUAUUGACUGGAACAAAUGAUGGGACACUAGUGAACCUUUUCUUAAGGCAAUUUGGCAGAAUGUCAGAACAGUCCCUUUGUGUUGUGCUACUAGUCUUCCAGGCCAUUUGCUGCGGCUUCUGUUUUCUGCUAAGGUGGCUCCUUACGAGUUGGUACAAAUGAAGCUGUGACACUAGAGAUGCUAUUUCAAUUGGACGAACACCCAUCGAAACAAGAUUACUUAACCCUGCAGCAUGAAGAGGUCUUUAUUUUAUGAAGAAACAACGAUGCCAUAUUUCGAAGGAAGUGAUAGCCAUAUACAUUCAUGCAUCGUAGUUGAAGUAAACCAAUGUUGUUGGAUCUUGUAACCUAUACUGAUUCCCUAGGAGAAUUUUGUUAGGAACCGUGUUGGCACGAAUUAUGCUUAGUUUUCGUUGUCAGAUAUUGAUGUUGCAAAACACAUUUAUACAGAUCUUUGCGUAAUUUGAUUAUUUUGAACACUUGGUAACAUCUUUUAAAAUCAGUAGCUUGA